AUGCCUACUCCCGAGUCCGAGCAAUUUAAGGCUCAGAAGCCCACCGUUCCUCCUACAUUCAAUGGCGUCGAUUACGAUGAUACUAAAGCCUUCAAGGCUGCCGAGGAUUCCCUCAUCCGAGAGCAAUGGGUUGGGGCCAUGAUGACUCGUCUUGUCGGAGAGGAGCUCAACAAGUGCUACGUUCGAGAGGGUGUCAACCACUUGGAGAACUGCGGCCACCUCCGAGAGAGGUAUUUGCAAUUGUUGAAGACGAACAAGAUCAAGGGCACCAAGUUCCUGCAACAAAACUAUGUCGACCAGAAGGAUCAAGAGCUUGAUCUCGCUGCCAAAGUUCACACUAGCGACAAGAUUGCCAAGCUCAACCACGGCCGAUUCUCAUCGUAA